AUGGCUCCCCCUUGCCCAGGCUGCUUUUUCCUUUUAUCCCCAGCCAGGGCCCCCAUCUCUCUGCUGUUGCUCCUCCUGCUGCUGGUCCCCUCCCACCCCUACAGCGUGGUAGGAAGAGAGAGGGACUCAUCUGAAGAGGAGGGAGAUCCCCUUGGGGCAGAGGGUAUACCCCAAGAGGAGAAGCCACCUGGAGAAGAGGAGCUCUCCAGUGAGGGAGAAACACCUGGCCAGGUUGAGCCAUCCAAGGAAGAGGAUACACCCAGGGAGGAGGUCCCACCCAGGGAAGAAGAUCCGCCCAGAGAGGAGGAUCCACUCAUUGUUAAGGAUUCUCCGGCCCCUGAAGAUAAUCUUGGUCCCCACAGGAACACUCCAGAAAAGAAAGAUGAUGACCAUCAACACUGGCGCUACGGAGGAGGCCCCCUCUGGCCCCGGGUCUCCCGAGCCUGCGGGGGACACCUUCAGUCGCCAGUGGACAUCCGGCCGGACUCCACCUAUUUCAGGUCGGACCUGGUGCCCCCCCAGCUCCACGGCUUCUUCCUGUCCCCAGACCAGCCUCUAAAGUUACAAAACAACGGCCAUACAGUGCAGCUAACGCUGCCCCCAGGAUUGUGGAUGACAUUGGGCCUGGGGACAGAGUACCGGGCCCUGCAGUUACAUUUCCACUGGGGGGCACGUGGGGUGCCUGGCUCCGAGCAUACAGUCAAUGGUCACCGGUUUCCAGCUGAGAUUCAUGUAGUUCACCUCAACACCCGAUUCGACACGGUGGAAGAAGCCUUGGGGCAGGCGGGAGGCCUGGCGGUAUUGGCUGCCUUCCUUCAGGAGGGCCCCGAGGAGAAUGAUGCCUAUGAACAGCUACUCUCACAUCUUGGGGCAAUUGAUGAGGAAGAUUCAGAGACAUGGAUCUCAGGGCUAGAUGUGUCUGCACUCUUGCCUCACAACCUCCACCGAUAUUUCCGCUAUAAAGGAUCUCUGACUACACCCCCCUGCUCUCAGGGGGUCAUCUGGACAGUGUUCAAUGAGACAGUGCUUCUGAGUGCUGAGCAGCUCCAGAUUCUGUCUGACUCUCUCUUGGGCCCUAUGCAUUCCCGGCUCCAACGGAACUUCAGGGUAACACAGCCUCUGAAUGGGCGAAUGAUUGAGGCCUCCUUCCCUACUACUACCAUUGCCACCAACAUGCCACCGCACCCCAGGGACCCGGCUGCUGAGCCAGUGCAUUCGAACUCCUGCCUGAGUAUUGGGGACAUCCUGGCCCUGAUCUUUGGACUUCUCUUUGCUGUCACAAUGGUGGCCUUCCUUCUCUAUGUGAAGCAUCAGAGGAGGCCAAGGAGUGUUGCCAAACAGAAUAUCAUCUACCACCCUACAGAGAUGACGGAGACAGUCACCUAGCCAGGGUUGAGGAUUGUCAGUCUGAUC